GCGACAACGGGACAGGAAAUGGGGAGGAACGGCCGUCCUGAGUUGAUGCUGCUGCUCCUUUUUAACGCUGCGCUUCUGAUGGAAACCACGCUCCUAAAAACCAUUUACUUGAUUUCUCAGGAGCUGACAUGGACCGAUGCAAGACAGUUCUGCCAGAAGAACCACAUAGACAUGAUUACUUGGGACAUAGUAGACCCAAACCUGCUGACUAAGUGGCUGCAGGAAGAUCAACUGACUGCAGUCUGGAUUGGUUUGCAUGAGGAUCCUGAGCAACAGUCAGUCUGGAGGUGGAUCAAUGUAAAAACUGGUGAAGGUUUGACAGGAGAGGAUGUUUCAGAGAGCAGUUAUUGGUCCAAUCAAACAAAAAACAGCUACAGCUGUGGCUCUUAUAACAGUUCAAGAAAAAAGUGGUUCAGCAGUGUUUGCUCCGACACUCUUCCAUUUGUCUGCUAUGACGACAAUCUGGUGCUGUCGACUGAGAACAAGACAUGGGAGGAAGCCCUGGAUCACUGCAGGGAAAUGUCAUCCGCCUCCUAUAAGUACGACCUCCUGAGCGUUACAAGACCUGACUUUAGCUACGUCAGAGACCGGAUCUACAGAGCCACCAGUGAAGAGGUUUGGACAGGAUUGCGUUUUCUGGGAGGGGAGUGGUGGUGGUCGGACGGAGAGACGUUGGACCAACAGGAGAUGAUGCCGGACUGUCCGAGCCAGUGGCAACACUGUGGCACGCUGUCCAAGUACAACACAACUAACUGGACCAGCAGGGACUGCUCAGAAAGAAGAAACUUCAUCUGCUAUUAUGAAAAAGUAUACAUAUAGGAAGAAGUAACAGAA